GGAGGAGAGAGAGAGAGAGAUCGUGCUUGACUCGUUUUCCGUCUGGGCGCAUGAGGCACGUGCUUUUCAGAUUGGGGAACCAGGAACAGCUGUCGGGUGUGUUUGUGUGUCGUUAAAGCUGUGGGAUCGUUUGAAUCGGCGGCGCUUGUCUGUGCGCGACAGGUCCUUUCCUGUCUCUGUUCCCCAGAUGGGCUGUAAACAGCUGUGUUUACGGUAGCUCCAGAGAGCUGUGGUGAGGCGACUGGGUGGGGUCUUGCAGAAUGCGCUGCACCUCCUGAAAUGUGGACCAUCACCGGGAUAGAUUGGUGAUGCUGAAACUAGCUACAUGCAUGGACACCACAGACUUGGAGGACAGAGUUGGAGGACAGAGUUGGAGGACAGAGUUGGAGGACAGAUUUGGAGGACAGAGUUGGAGGACAGAGUUGGUCGGGCUAUGCAUGCAGAGAGGGUUGCGGUGUCUGGUGAAACAGCUGGACAAGGGAGAGGUGAAUGUUCUGGAUCUGAGGAGGAACAUAGAGCAUGCUGCCUCUGUUCUAGAGGCAGUCUACAUAGAUGAGACCAGGCGUCUCCUGGACACAGAGGAUGAACUCAGCGACAUUCAGGCGGACUCCGUGCCAUCCCGAAGUCCGCGAUUGGCUUGGCUUCCACCCUUCACCCGGAAGAUGGGUGUGGUCCGGCGGCGCCCGGAGGAGAAGCCGAGGUUUCGCUCCAUCGUCCACGCCGUGCAGGCUGGGAUCUUCGUAGAGAGGAUGUACAGACGGACAUCUAACAUGACAGGACUGACAUACCCUCCUGCUGCUCUGGCUGCACUGAAGGAUGUUGACAGGUGGACCUUCGACGUGUUUGCUCUGCACGAGGCCUCCGGUGAACACGCACUCAAGUUCCUGGUCUACGAGCUGCUGACACGCUAUGACCUCAUCACUCGCUUCAGGAUCCCUGUGUCUUCCCUGGUGUCCUUCGUGGAGGCUCUGGAGGUGGGCUACAGCAAGCACAGGAACCCCUACCACAACCUGGUGCAUGCGGCCGACGUCACUCAGACAGCUCACUACCUGAUGCUGCACACUGGGGUCAUGCACUGGCUGACUGAGCUGGAGAUCCUGGCCAUGGUGUUUGCUGCGGCCAUCCAUGACUUUGAACACACAGGAACCACCAACAACUUCCACAUCCAGACCAGGUCUGAGGUGGCCAUCCUGUAUAACGACCGCUCGGUGCUGGAGAACCACCACGUGAGCGCCGCCUACAGGCUUCUGCAGGAGGACGACAUGAACAUCCUGGUCAACCUCAGCAAGGACGACUGGAGGGAACUGAGGGCGCUGGUGGUGGAGAUGGUGAUGAGUACAGACAUGUCCUGCCACUUCCAGCAGAUCAAAACCAUGAGGAACCUGCUGCAGCAGCCACACUGUGUGGACAAGGGCAAAGCUCUGUCCCUGAUGCUGCACGCUGCAGACAUCAGCCACCCAGCCAAGGCCUGGCCCCUGCACUACCGCUGGACGCACAGCCUCAUGGAGGAGUUCUUCAGACAGGGCGACAAAGAGGCGGAGCUAGGCCUGCCCUUCUCUCCUCUGUGUGACCGCAAGGCCACCAUGAUCGCCCAAUCACAGAUCGGCUUCAUAGACUUCAUCGUGGAGCCCACCUUCUCAGUCCUGGUGGACACCACUGAGAAGAUAAUGUCUCCUCUCAUAGAGGAAGCGGUCAAGUCUCAGGACUCUGGUCCCUGCAGGUCCAGCCUGACAUGCAGCGGCUCUGUGACGGUGGAGUCGGUCCAGAGACACAGUGGACGGGGGUGUGGUCCUGAUCAGGUGACCUCCGACUACUCGCUGGCAGCCAUUGACCUCCGCCACGUGCGCCUCCUGCUGUCUGAGGUCAUCCACAACAACAAGGAGCGCUGGAAGGAGCUCUCUGUACAAGAGCUGGCCAGCAGAGAGAGGGAGGAGCGGUGUCCAGAUGUCACAGAGGUCACAGAGGUCAGCAUCCUCCAAUCGGACGACUCGCCCACUCACACCAAUCAGCUGAGCGAUACAGACUCCCGGCCCGCCUCCCCGUCCCCGUCUGAUGACACGCAGGACCGCUCGCCAGGUUACGCCCCUCCAGAGCGGUGGAACGGGGAGGGGCCUGGAGUGGUCUUUGAGGAGGAGGAGGAAGAGGAGGAGGAGGAAGAGGAUGGAAAAGACUGACGCCGUGCUGCCACGAUGAAGAGGCUGCGACGGCAAUGCGUGUCUGCCUGUCUGUCUGUGUCCACCUGCCUUUCUGCCUGUUUCCCUGUCUGCCUGCCUGCCCGUCAUUCCG